AUUAAUUCUUUCUUUGUUUGCAGGUCAAUUUUAUUACUGUUUAAUAGAAUUUUGAUAACCUUUCAUAACAUCCAAAGAAGUGUUUGAAAUAGAAUAAACAAACUGAUUUUUUAAUUGUUGUAUAAAUUCUAUGCAUUCCUUCAAAUGUUUAGCAGUUCUUCAGAAAUCGCUUAACAAACAACUCCACAAUGACGUCUUAUAAAAUUUACACCAUAUUUAUGGUGUUAUUUUUAACACUGGUUUUUAUUAACGCUAAACCCCUGGAGGACACCUUCCAAUUCUUUGACACUUCCGAAGAGGAACAGAAAAUUAGAGCAAAUCCAACACCGGAACAGAAACUUCUUCUUUUUACAUUUGACAAUUUCGGGUCUUUGGGUAAACAUUAUGGCGCCAAUGCCCUCGAAGUCAGUCGUAAUAUUUUAAAAGAUGAGUCCUUGAUGGGCAAUGAUAAACCCGAAGUAUUGGAAUUUAAGAAAAAUUUAACUUCGUUUGUGGAAAAAUAUGAAUCUAAUACAAAUCCUCAAUUAAUGUGGGAUAUUAUUGAAAUUUAUUCGGAUACUACUGAAAAAUAUGCUCAUAUAGCCGACGAUAAGACUACGCCAGAAUCUAGCUAUAUUUUGGAACUUUUAAAUAAAUACAAUGCCCGUGAUAUAGCCGCCAAAUUCGCUAGUGAAUUUAAGACCUUUAUGGAUAAUUUCAUUACUAUGUUCGAGGAGAAUAAGGAGCAUCUGGAGAAGCCUAUGUUGGAUUGGUAUGCAAAGUUUAAAACUUUAACCGAAUACGAGGAUAAACUUGAUGCUUUUACCGGAUUUCUGGAAUUGAAUUAAUAUGGAGGAUUAUGAUGUGAUCUUUUUUUAAAUUAAAUGUUUGAAUAAAAAGAAAAAUUUGUUAAAAAAA